ACAAUGAUAGAUUAUCGGUCGACCAUUAUAGAUGUACGGCGUAAAGUAUACUUUACGGUCGACCAUCAUAGAUGGUCGAAUUAAUGUGACUCGCGCGCAGACAAUGAUAGUUACUUCUUUGAUAAUGCAUUUACAGUCGACAAGGUGAAUUGUUUCGACAAUGAUAGUUAACGUCGACCAAGUGAAUUAAAAUACGAGUCGUAAAUCCGUAAAUUAUAAAUAAAACCGGAAAUACUUGUCGAAUGUUAAAUCAAUUUUGAUUGGCGGUCAACUUUUUCUACUUUCGUUUUUAAACUUAGGAUCAUGAUGAUGAAGAAACGGUUUUGAAAAAUGAUACAAUGACUUUAAAGUUCAAUACUCAGAUGAUGACUUCCAAGAUACAGCACCACAAAUAGUCAUUCAAGACAGACUGCAGGCAGCUCUUGCUAGUGUGCACACACUUAGAGAUUACACAAGACCACACAAAAGACAAAAGACAAAACAGAAACCAGGACCUAAAGCCAAGAUUGUAAGGAUGAAGUUCUACAUGCUACCAGAUGGUUGUGACCUACCUAAACUAUCAAGAAAAGACCCAGUGAUCCAAAGACACCAGAGUAUUGGUUAUGGGUACCCCUUAACCCAUUAUGAAGACUUCAAAGGAAAGAGCAUGCCAAUUCAACUAGAUUUAAGCCAAGUUGACUUCAAAGAGAAGAUCCGCAGCCUGUACACAAGACUAGCCAACAAAGACUUUGAAAUCUUCACUGUUAGUCAGCAAAGAGAGUUAGCAGCAGCUCCCUUCAACCCACCAUUUUAUAAAGAACAGAAGUACCAAGGAACCGUCAUUAUAAAGAUUCUGGAUGUAGUUGUUCAACCUCAAGUCCCUAUUGAUACAGAAACAGACAUGACAGCAGACAGCAUGAAUUCUCUACCAGACUUACCUCCUAUUCAAAGAAACAACCCAAACCCAAGAACUCCACGUGCCUCCACACAAGCAACUGCAACAACACCAGCAGCCACAGUGACAACUGCUAACCAGACACAAUCUGGAAUCAAUUUGAACACAGAACAGAAUAGACCAAGAACUCCACAAAGAUUGACGUCUACUCCUUCAGCUUCAUCAGUGUUACCAGAUGAAUGGAUUUCAUCUGGCACACCCUUGAUCUCAGCAAAUCCCCGGUCAAGACUUAUCAUGGAGCAGGAUAUAGAUUUUGCCGCUUCCCUUGCUAUAGACAGAGAAAAGGAAGACUCCAGACAACAAGCAAGAGUACGCAGAAUUUUACAAAGGACAGAAAGACAGCGUCUGAGGGAUACAAGGAAGGAAGAACUGGAGAAGAUUCAUCUUGAGGUUAUAGAGGAAAUUUCCCAGUUGAGACAACAGUCAACAGUUGAUGACCUUGUCACUAUUGUUCUAGUUCUCCCAGAUCAGAAAGAAAUCAGAAAAACAGUUUCAAAGCAGACAAAAUCUGAGACUCUACAUCUUUAUGUUGAAGCAACAACAGAGAUAGUGUCAGCAAAAUUGAUUUAUUGUGGUCAGGUGCUAGGAAGACAACAACAACCACUUGCUAGUUUUGGCAUCACUGGUAGCUGUCGUAUGAAUGUAGAAGAAGCAGUUUUAGAGGAAUCAGAUGAAAGUGAUUUUGAUGAGGUACUAGAAGCUGAGCCAGUGAAAACUUUGCACAUUUCUGAUAUUGCUGACUUAGAGGAGAGAAGAAAAAGAGUGCAGUCCGCUCUACUACCUUCAAAGAAAGUUACUGUAAAGCGAGAAAACAUAGUUGAAGAUCUAAUGGACCAAUACAGAUUACAUCCCGACACAGUCCACCACCGCCUGGAGGUUGUUUUUGAAGGAGAGGAGGCUGCCUUAGAUGUGCAAGGUGUUACAAGGGAGAUGUUCUCGUGCUUCUUCUAUGCCAUGAUUGUCAAAUUCUUUUUUGGACACUGCCACAAAAUUCCAACAAUGGAUCAUCGUCAUUUAUUUAAUGGGACUUAUGAGGUAAUUGGUAAGAUCAUCAGCCAUGCCUUCAUCUUAUGCAACUAUAUUCCUACAACUUUAUCCCCUGUUGUCUAUAUCUUGGCAGGUACAGGUUGUGUUUCUGAUGCACUUUUAUUAACAUCCUUCAUGCAACAUGUGAAUGAAGCAGAAAAAAACUUGAUUAAACAUUUGAUGUCAGCUAAUAACUUUGUUAAUAUGCAAGAGAAACUUUUCAACCUAGUGUCAUCUCAUGGUGGGCGGGAGCUGCCAACAACAGCCAACUUUAAAAGGGUCAUAACAGACAUUGCAAGAACAACACUGAUUGCUGCUCCACUUUAUCCAAUUUCUUGCAUAAAGAAAGGUAUGGACUGCUAUCCAUUACUGUGGCAGGGUGCAUCAGAAACAGUAGUUGUGAAUUUAUUAGAGCAAUACCAUCCAACUGCAGAUAAGAUCAUUAACAAAAUACAUUACAACCAUUCAGAAGAACCAACACUAAACCUACUCGAGGAACGUGCCAAAAAUUAUUUCGAACAUUAUAUAAUGCAAUUAAAUAAAUCGCAGAUUAAUGCACUUUUGAGAUUCUGGACCUCAGCUGAUACCCUAUGUAUUGAACAGUUGGAAGUUUCCUUUAAUUCAACAGAAGGACUACAAAGAAGACCAAUAGCAAACACCUGUGCAGCAACCUUACAAAUAAGUAGACUUUACUUCUCAAAUGAAGACUUAUCUCAAGAAUUUGACAUUUAUCUGAGUGAUUCAUCCUCUAAGGUUUUUGAUUCAGUGUAAAAUUAACGUUUGAUUUCAUUGAAAAUAUCUGUAUGUUCAUGCAUUAUUGUAUUGUGAAAAAGGUAUUAGUUAUAAACAGUACUGUAAGGUUGGGGAAUGUAUAUAUAUAUAGAAAGAAAUAAAAUUUAAAUUGUGCAGGGUAUUUUUAUUAAAUACAAAAUUUAUUCCUAGAAGUUUGACAAAUAUUUUAUACUGAUUUUUACAAAUAUGGCAGUAAUCCACUUUUCAAUUAUUAUCAGUCAAAUUUAAGGUUUUACCAAGUAUAAGGGGAAAGCAUCAACUAAUACAUAAAUUUCUAGGUCAUUUUGGUACCAAGGUUUGAAAUGAUGAUAAUUAUCCAGUAAAUUUAUUUUUUAAUAUGUAAACCACUUGAAGUAAAAAAGAGUUAAUUUUUUUUUACAUUUGUUGUACAGGCAUGACAUAUGUCUCAUGGCAGGGAAUGGGUGUAGUUUUUUUUUUAUCUCUCUUCAUAUCAAUUCUUCCCCUGGAAAACUGAUCUAUUAUUGCUUUUUAUACCAAAUAUUUUUAAUAUAUUUAAUGGUUACAUUCUGCUGGACAACAUUGUUUGUAAAUAUUAAGAUGGUUGUGAUGAUCUAUGUUUUAUGUAGUUUUUUUCUAUGUACUUGCAAACACUGAGUGGUGUCCAAUGUAUGAUUGCAUAUUUCAAAUUAUUUUUAUUGAUUUUAAUUAUAUGUUUCUCAAUUUUGUAAUUGUGUGUAAUUUUGGCUUUCCAGAAAUGAAAAGUAACUAUUGGAUUAAUGUGUCACCUGACACUUAUGAUUUUUAUUUAUAAACUUGCUAGCAUAAAUUGAUGGCAGAUAGCCCAACGUUCACUAUCCAUAAAAUUAUAAACAAAGCAGUAAAAUAAGCUUAAGGUGAGCAUAAGGAUAAAUAAUUGAAUAUUAGUAGCAGUCUUUCUGUACAGUGAGAGCUAUCUCCCAACACAUUGGACACCACAAAUGAGAAUUUAAACUGUAUAUUUCUUAUGCACUAUGAUAUUUUGUACUGUAUGCAAGUAUUAGAAUUGUCAGUAUUUAUUAUAUCAAAUAUAUUCAAACAG